ACAUUAGUAUCACGUCGUAUACGACGGUGAGUAGUAGAAGUUCGAUUUGACAAAAGAAAACAUGGAUCGUUUUGACGUUAGUUUGUUAUGGAAAUUAUGGUUAAUCUGUGUAAUAAUAGUGAAUUGUAAUGCUGCCGUAGCAAAGGAACCAUAUCAAAGUCAAAUACCUACACAAGGAUUGUAUAAUACUAGUGAUAAUGUCGUUAUUUUAAACGUUACUAAUUUUAAGUCAUCCGUUUACGAAGAUACAAAGGGUUGGUUAGUUGAAUUUUACAACAGUUGGUGUGGUUACUGUCUUCGAUUUGCACCGAUGUGGAAAGAUUUUGCUAAUGAUAUUUACGCAUGGAAAGAUAUUGUAGUAAUUGCUGCAAUAGAUUGUGCCGAUGAUGAUAAUAACCCAAUUUGUCGAGAGUAUGAAAUUAUGCAUUAUCCCAUGCUUAAAUACUUUUCUGUAAAUGCACAUCCACCGUCAUUAGGAUUAUUGAUGGAGAAGUAUGAUGAUAUUAAUGAACUUAGACAUAGUUUAAUAGAUUUGUUAGGAAGAGAACAACAAGAAGGAAGAGGUAUUUCAUGGCCUAAUAUAGCACCAUACAGAAAUUAUGAAACUACAAAUAUUUGGAAGGCUAUACCAAAUGCUAUAAAAUAUGUCUUCUUACUAUUUGAAAGGACAGAUUCACAUUUGGGUGCUGAAGUUAUAUUAGAUAUGCACAAAAUUACAACAUUACAAAUAAGAAGGGUAUUAUCUGACAAUGAAUUAUUAUGUGAGACAAACAAAGUCACAAAUUUUCCAAGUUUGAUAGUUUUAGCUCGCAAUGAGACACAAAAGGUUCUUAAAAUCAGAAUACCUACAAGAGAAGGUGUUUUCAAUGCAAUUAAAGAAUUUAUGAUUUCAAAAGCAGAAACUAUUCAUGAGCUAAAUCCCAUUAAGAAUCAUUCAAUAAAGAAUGAAAAUCAUAAAUUAAAUACUAGCACACCAAAACAAUUACAAGCAACACCACAGUUAGAAAGUACAGACAUAAGUGGAGAUUAUUUAUACCAACUUGAUUUGGAAAAUGCCUUAAGAUAUUCAAUCUCUCAUGAAAUUCCAUUACAUAAAAUAAUAAAAGAUAAAAAAAUGGAUGCAUUAAAAAGAUAUUUAAAUGUAUUGGCUGACUAUUUUCCUCUGAGAUAUGGUAACAUUUUUCUAGAAAUCACUAGAGAUAUUAUUAAAAAAAGAAAUAAUAUAUCUGGGGAGGAAUUUAGUCAAAUAGUAAAAUCUAUAGAAGAAGAAAUGUCACCUGUGUACUCUGGACCUUCAAAGUGGGUUGGAUGUAAAGGCAGUAAAGAAGGAUAUCGUGGGUAUCCCUGUGGUCUGUGGACAAUGUUUCAUAUGUUGACAGUUAAUUUUGCUAUCCUAAAUAAGGAUGUUGAACGUGAACCAAGAAAAAUAUUAGAAGCAAUGCAUGGAUAUAUACAAAACUUUUUUGGAUGUGCUGAUUGUGCCGAGCAUUUUGUCCAAAUGGCUUCAAAAAACAAAAUGUUUGAUGUAUCUAAUGCUAAUGACAGUAUCUUAUGGUUGUGGUCAGCUCAUAAUGAAGUAAAUGCAAGACUGUCAGGUGAUGAUACAGAAGACCCAAAACAUAAAAAAAUUCAAUAUCCAGCAGCUGAACAUUGUCCAAAUUGUAGAUAUGAAAAUGGUACUUGGAAUGAAGAACAUGUUUUAUAUUAUCUUAAAACAAAGUAUAGUUAUAAAGGAAUAAAUUAUUAUGAUUCAGUCAACACACAUAAGAAUGGUAAUGGCAAUAAGUUAAAAAUAAGACAAGAAAGACUAGUAUUGAGUAAAUAUACAAAUAAUAAGAAAAUUGGAUGGGAUUUUACAAUUUUUGAUAUAAGUAUUUGUGUUGUGUUAUAUGUUGCAUCUGCUAUCAUACUUAUAUUAGUCUGUAUAAAAUUUGCAGUCAAAAGAACUUAUAGAAAACGACAUUAUGUUAGCUUACUUGCAAAAUGUGAUUUCUAUUUUUGUUAAUUGAAAUAUACAAAAUUUAAAAAGGAAUACAUCUUUAAAAAAUUAAUAACAAAGUUAUGAAAAUAUAGUUAUGCUUAUAAAUAUAUUGUACAUAUAUCAUUUCCGAUCAUACAAUUUUUUUACAAGAAUGUAAUAUUGCUAGAUAUAUAAUCUUAAUUACUUCUUCAAAUGAUGUUAAUUAACAUCAUUAUUCAUGAAGCAUAUUAUGUAUUUAUUCUUAUUUGUUAUAAAUGUAUUGUAUUUGAGAUUAUAGUGGAGAAGACAUAGUGAUAAUUAUGUAAGUUUAAUGUAUAAAAUUUUAUAACGAGAUUAUUCUUUUUUGCCAUAGGAAAUUUUUUUACAAUUUAACGUUCAUUGACAAAUACGAUAUAUUUGUACAUUUAACAUUAUUGUAUUAAAUUGAAAAA